CAUUCCCCUCUCCUUCCUCACCUCAAACAACAUCAACACUGCCAUCUAAAAAUGAUUUGCCUCCUCAUUCUAAUCGCCCUCAAUUUCAGUUUCCUCGACCUCUCACAGGCCAGGCACCACAACAACCUCCCUUCCACGGCCGCGGUCGUCGGUACCGUCUUCUGCGACACGUGUUUUCAAGACACGUUUUCUAAGUCAAGUCACUUCAUUUCAGGCGCGACGGUGGCUGUCGAAUGUGGCGAUGGGGGAUCGAACCCGAGUUUUAGAGACGAAGUAAAGACAGACAAAACAGGGGAAUUCAAGAUUCAGCUGCCAGUUUCAGUGAGGAAGAUUGAGGAAUGUUAUGUGCGGUUAAUAAGAAGCAGUGAACCAUAUUGUGCGGUGGCUGCAAGAGCCAAAUCAUCAUCGCUUAAGCUCAAGUCAAGAAAACAAGGCACGCAUGUGUUCUCGGCUGGAUUCUUCACUUUCAAGCCUCUUAAACACCCAAAACUUUGCAGCCAUAACUCACAUUCUAGUGAAUUUGAUGACACGAAACAAGUCGUUGACUUCCCGGGGUUACCGGCUCCGAUCCAGAACCCGACCGUGCCGAAUGUUCCUCGGAUUUACGAUAACCUUCCGCCUCUAACUCUUCUUCCUGGACUUCCUCCAUUGCCUCAGCUUCCUCCUCUCCCUCCUCUUCCACCUCUCCCUGUUUUUCCAUUGUUUCCACCAAAAAAGGAUGAUGAAAAUGUACAAACUCCAAAGAUAAGUCAAAACCCGGACAUGUUUCAUCCACAAACUCUCCUUCCAAUUCCAUCUUUAAAGCCUUUGAGGCCACAUUUUGUUAUGCCUCCACAUAAGCUGCGUCACCAUCCUCUCACGCAUGGUCCUUUUUCGCCUUCAUUCUCAACUCCUACACCGCCCUCGGCCGCCGCCGACGAGUUAGCUCCGUCCCCGCCGCUCCCUUUUUCACUCCCACCCAUCCCUCGUAUGCCCGAGAUCUCCUCACCUCCAAAGGAAACUUCUCCUUAAAAAAUUGUAACGAC